AUGGAGGAAAUAAGAAAUGAUACAAAGAAAAAAGAGACCCUUCUCAAGGGCCACCGUUUUCAUCUGAACAAGCGCUCGGAAAUUGCCAAGGAGUUUGCUCGGCUUAAAUCGCAAAAUAAGAUAAAGAGAGAUAUCAAUACAAUCGUGUCGCUACAGUCACUCCACAAGAAAUCAGUGCGCAGGUCACUAGACAUAAAAAGGACCACCGCACUAAACAAAAAAAAAACGAUUUCUGCCGUUAAAACGUACAAGCUUUUGUUGGCUGUUCGUAACAGACGAGCUGUUGAGUCUUCGAUCUCAAGGUCGACGCUGCAGCUUAUGGGACUAUUGCGAAUUGGAACUGGAAGAUUUUUUUCCAAUUCGGAGCAGAGCUUGAAAGACCUGCUACAGGUAGAACCCUUCGUAUUCUUCGGUACACCCACACUAAAACACGUCCGAGAGUUGUUACACAAGAGGGGUACAACUAUUCUUCCUGGUGGAAAAACGAUGUUAAUCAGCAGUAAUUCCGUGGUGGAAGAUCACAUCGGAGGCACCGACUUGCUGUGUCUAGACGACGUCGUAGAUGCCGUAUAUAAUGGAACGGACGCCGCCGAGGACAUUUUACAGAAACUAGGCACCAUACAAAUGCCAAGGACCAUUGUUGAUGGGUUAGCCGCACAUUUUCAUGCCCUCUUACUUUUAUUGUACAGCCCAUUAAAGCACGGGGAUAUAGGAUCUUCUAUAAAUAACAUGCUCGAUCAUUUAAUGUAA